ACAAUAACUCAAUACCUAAAUUUUGCAGUCUUUCAAAAUCUUAAUUUCCCAUUUCCCAAAAAAUCGUUAUUAUUAUUCUUUAGAAAGAAAAAAAAGAUAUGGAGAAAAACCAAUCGUUCAAAUACUACUCUCAAGAGCCCGAUUCGCCUCAUCCAUGGAACGCCGAUUUCGGAUUGACAAACGCAAGCGAUCGGCGUUACGCGUUUUCGCGGCAACCUUCGUUUAAACAGUCGAUGAGAGAUCCCCAAACGCCUAACUUUUCCAGCGAUUCCACGAAGCCUUUCCUAUCGAGGGAUGUUUCAAGCAUCGAUAUACCCCCAGGGUUUUAUUCUUUUGACCAUGUCAAGGAAGGUGUUUCCGAAGCCAAAGGAUCGGAAACGGUGGAUAAAUUCUCUGGCUUGGAUUCGGUUUUGUGGGUUUUUCGGGUUAUGAGAACUGGUAAUCGGCAAAUGAAGAGGUUGCUGAUUAUGAUUUCGCUUAAUGUGGCGUAUUCGACUGCCGAGUUGGCGAUUGGACUCUUAACGGGCCGAAUUGGUUUGGUAUCUGAUGCAUUUCAUUUGACCUUUGGCUGUGGUCUCUUGACGUUUUCAUUGUUUGCAAUGGCUGCUUCUCGAAGAAAGCCUGAUAGUGUUUAUACUUAUGGGUACCAAAGACUUGAAGUAUUGUCAGCAUUCACCAACGCUCUAUUUCUAUUGUUCUUGUCAUUUUCCUUAGCUGUUGAAGCACUUCACGCUUUCAUCCAAGAUGAAUCAGAGCACAAGCAUUAUUUGGUUGUUUCAGCAGUGGCAAAUCUGUUGGUGAAUCUAUUGGGCGUUUGGUUCUUUAGAAAUUAUGCUCGAAUCAAUCUUGCAUACAGGAAACCUGAAGAUAUGAAUUACCACUCAGUUUGCUUGCAUGUUCUAGCAGAUUCCAUUCGCAGUGCAGGUUUGAUAUUCGCAUCCUGGUUUCUCUCUCUCGGGGUUAAUAAUGCAGAAGUUUUGUGCUUGGGAUUAGUUUCAGUUGCAGUCUUUAUGCUUGUUAUGCCUCUAUUUAAAGCUACUGGUGGCAUCUUGCUUCAGAUGGCACCACCUAAUAUUUCAUCUUCAGCCUUGGGGAAAUGCUGGCGGCAGAUUGUUUCUCAUGAAGAUGUUACAGAAGUUUCCCGAGCUCGGUUUUGGGAACUAGUGCCUGGCCAUGUUGUUGGGUCCAUUUCACUUCAGCAGGUGAAGAGAGAGAUGGAUGAUCGUCGGAUACUAGAGUAUGUGCAUAGGUUGUACCAUGAGUUGGGAAUACAUGAUUUGACAGUGCAAACUGAUGAUUAUGUAUGAACAUUAUCCCCUUUGCUCUUUUUUUCAUUGUAUUUAUGAGAAAUUGGUUCUGGGGAAAAGAACCUUAUGUUGUAGUCAUGUUGUCAUCCCAAAUGGAUAGAUUAUGACUAGGGGUGAAUUUUGAAUCUGCUUCUUGGGUCCAAUUGACCAUUCAAAGAAUAAUUUUUCAUA